AUGUUAAACCGCUCGCUCAGCUCGUUGGCCACCGUCCAAGUGAGAUCGGUGUCUUCGAAAUAUCCGCGUCCAACUCCGAGGCAUUUCAAGUAAUGAUUUACUUUUUAAACAAGUAAUCUAGCAUCGAAAUACAGACGACGAUGGUUCGAAGCAGCAUUGAAACCGGAACUGCCACCCACCGUGAGCACCUGCAUUCCUCCCGGGCUCAUCAAGAAAGAGCAUACUGAAAAAUCGAGAGAAGUAGUAUUCACGGCAUGAUCUAUUAAAAACAGCAGUUUUUCAGUACUGUGACGUAGAGCUCGCUCUGUCGAAUCUGGUCCGUACCUGGAUGGUAAAAGAAGAGUUCCGAGUGCUGGCCGUGUGCCAAUUUCUGCCAGUUCCCGGACGAACACUGUGGUUUGCGAAGAAUCAGUUGAGAUCGAAGAACAUUGAAUUCCGCACCUAUGGAAACAAGAUUUUGAAGAAAGUGUUUGAAAGUAUGUUCUCUAGUGAAUUCAUCAUGAUUCUCUCUUCCCAGAUACUCCAAUGUCUUCUCUCGACACCGUGCUCGUCGGUUCGAAUGCUAUUUUGCUGGCGAAGGACGUGUCGGCCAUUAAGGCAAUUCUCCAAGAAACGGACAAACUCAACUGGCUCGAACCACUCGUCAUCAUGGCGGAUGACAGAAUAAUCGACAUGCCGGAAGCCCGCCAACUAGCAAAGCUGUCUUCUUUGGAGGAUCUGCGAGUUCACACAGUGCAGUUGCUCGGUCAGCAAGUCGCCCAAGUGACGAUCUCUCUCGAUACUGCCACUCGCCAUCUACCGUCUCUUCUAGAUGCCUAUGCUUCAAGUCAAGAAAAGAAAGCCGAAUAA